AUGUCCAAAGAGUCCGUAGAUCCAACUAUUGCCCUUGUGACAGGGGCAAACCAAGGCAUCGGCUACGAGAUCGCAAAGCGAUUGGCCUCAGAGCACCCAGACUACCAUGUAUACAUGACGGGAAGAAGGCAAGACGCAAUCGAGCACGCAGCUGCGGAGCUGCAGACUGCAGGACUCAACGUUGAGCCUCUGGUACUGGACAUCACGUCCGACGACAGUAUAACAUCAGCUGUAGGAAAGGUUCAGGCUAAAUUUGGUCACCUCGACGUUCUUAUCAACAACGCAGGCAUCUUGCUGGGAAAGCCAGAGGACUCCAUUCGGCAAAAGCUUACUACCGUUUACAACACCAACGUGUUCGGCUCGGUCGCUGUCACGGAUGCCUUCAUACCCCUUUUACACAAUUCUACCAAAACGCGUCGUGUCGUGUUUGUCAGCUCUGGCCUUGGGAGUCUUGCUAUCCGAACAGAUCCAAAUCUAGGGUUUCCCGUAAGAGACUUGAUGGAGUACGGUUCAAGCAAAGCUGCGCUUAAUCACGCAGCAAUGACCUUUGCCUCCCGGUUCAGAGAUGACAACUCGUGGAAGUUCAAUAUCUGUUGCCCUGGCUACUGCGCGACCAACAUGAACGAUUACGAUGCCCCUGACGAAGCAUCACUUGGAUCAGUCCAGGCGGUCAAAUUGGCGACACUGGGACCAGAUGGAAUUACUGCAUCUUUCUCAAACAGACACGGGCCGCUGCCAUGGUGA